AUGCGCAAGGUUGAAGGUCACCCACUACCUACUUCCAAGAACAUGUCAGCAUGGACUGCAACAGCGUCUCAGUGUGUGUCGGCGCAGGGAUGCGGACCCCACUACGAAUAUGCCAUCGAGGAGUUCUGCCUGGCCAAGUUCAGGUUGGACAUGCAAGAGCUGGAUGAGAGACACUGGUGUAGCUGGGAGGACACAGUCGAGCUGUACGGUGACCUGACCAACUGCACGUACCUGGUGGCGCUGAAGAUGGAGUGCUUCUGGCCGAACCGCAUGGUGGACGAGUUCUUCAUCCGAGUGCACAAGCACUACUUCCACGACUGCUCGCUCUCGGGACGGCUUCUCAGGGACCCACCAAACCGCAUCCUGGGACCCUUCAUUGUGGUGCCCAUCCUGGUCACGCUUCUCAUGACUGCCCUGGUGGUGUGGAGGAGCAAACGCAGCGAGGGGAUUAUGUAGUGAACAGAAUGAUGCAGGGUGGGGUGGGGGUCACGAGACUCAAGACAAGAGGUACUUUUUGCCCCGUUCUCACCUUCAUUGACCAAAGGAUGUGGUAAUGUUUGGAAAACGGGUGUAGUGUGCAGUUGGAGCAAAAUGAGAACAUUUUUAAAAUCAGGUCCUGCCUCAGCGCUUCAACACAUCUUCACUGAUAUGAAGCCUGUGCGAAUCAAAUUAUUUCAUUUCUAUCGACAAGGAGCUGAACUGCUCUCCUGAAUCUAAACUGCAGCAGAGCAGUGACUGGUGCAGAGAUACACCUUAUUGAGAGAAACUGCCUCAAAGAUUUUUUGGAUGUGGUGGUGAUACGACAAGAAUUUAACAACAGAUUUUUGGAAAAUAACCAACACCUACUUCAGCAAACAGCUCGACUGUGAGAAAAUGCAAAACUGUCCAGAAGAUCUCUUUCACACUCUGACCAGGACACAACAAGACAGUUACUCUGAACUCUUCUCGGGAACACAGGGACAUCAGCUUGUGUAUAUAUGCAUAUGUAUAUGUAUGUGUACACUGUAAAUGUACAACAUGACAUGAGUCUGUCAUUGGAUUAUCAGAAUGUCUUUGGAACACAGUCAAGACGAAAAAACCGUACUCCACGGAAUUAAUUUCUCUCAUGAGAACAUUUUCUGUUUCUGUGUGAUAUAUGGA